AUGGGAAACACAGAUAGUUUACCAGUCAUAUCACAAGCAAAAAGUGCUGUACAAGCGAUAGCUGGAGAUACCGAAGGAGCACGACAGACACAACUUAACUUUGUGAAAGGAUGCCCUGUUAUAUCCCAGGGAGUAGCUUUGGGAGCACUUAUUGCUGGUGACACUGAAUAUGCGAAAGAGACUCAAAUAUAUUUUGUAAAAAACGCAUCGAACGUUAUUGAUUCAGUUCCAGUUGUUGGCCAUAUCAAAGGUGCUAUUCAUUAUGCUUGCAAUGACAGAGAAGGGGGAGACAACGCCAUGAAAGCAGCAUCACGCACUGUUGGAGUUGCUGCUGGUGGCAUUGGUGGGUUUGUAGUUGGUGGUCCUAUCGGUGCUGUUGCAGGAGGUAUAGGUGGAGGAGCAGUAAUGGAUGGAAUUAUUUCAGGUGCUGAUUCAGCAAUUCAUGGUGAGAAGCGCUUGUAUGGACAUAUUAACUCACUUGACAGGGCGAUCGAUGGCAAAAUAACAGCUGGUGAAGCCUUCGAUUGGGCUCUUACACCUGUCUUCGAUGGACUCACCGGGUAUGGUUAUGGCAGAGCCUAUAGAAAUUUAACCGCAAACAGAGCUGAAUACAAUCAAUUGAAAAAAACCAUUCGACAAGCAAUUGAAGAUGGCAAAUUAGAACUGAAAGAUGGACAAACAGCAGGUGAUUUAGCAAGGCAGAUUCAACAGGCAGCACGAGAACUGAAGAAAGCAGUGACGGACGCUGGCCCUCAGAAAGUGACAAAAACGACUGGUACAAUGAUCAUCGAUGUCGAAGGCAAUGUACACACUGGAUAUUCAUUUCGUCUUCGACAAGCAUUGAAUAUCGAUGCGUUUGAAGGUGGCCCUUCAACUACGGAACAGAUAUUGAACGAACAAUAUCCUGGACGUGUACCUAAAAUUCGUGGUGCAGCAGCAGGUCAACCACAAUGUGCUGAACAUCAUGCACUACAUCAGUUUCAUAGAGCCAAUGGAAAUCAUGCUGUUCCAAAAAUGACGAUUACAAUUCAAUACGAUGGAACAAACUUUCAAGCAAUUCCUCGUUGUGAUAAUUGUAUGAAAAUUGGAAAAUCAAUUCCAAUGGGCAAUGUUGUGACAGAUGCUCUCGAUGGCACCAACAUACCAGUGGAAAACAUCAUAAAUAAAGCGUGCUUGGACGCGCUCAUGGCUGAAUGUAUCGACUUGUGUGAUUGUGACAAUCCGCACGAGCAUGAUGAGUAA